CGCAGGGCGGGCCCGCGUCUAUAUAAGGGAGGAGCGGGCGCUGCGCGCCAGUUGCUUCUGCGUCGUCCUGCUGCGGUGUUCUUGCGGAGUCUGUGCGGUUCACUAGCCAAGAUGCCGGAAGAAGCCCAGAACCACGACCAGCCCAUGGAGGAGGAGGAGGUGGAGACGUUCGCCUUCCAGGCGGAGAUCGCGCAGCUUAUGUCGUUGAUCAUCAACACGUUCUACUCGAACAAGGAGAUUUUCUUGCGGGAACUCAUUUCUAAUUCGUCCGACGCCCUGGAUAAGAUCAGAUAUGAGAGCCUGACAGACCCCAGCAAGCUGGAUUCCGGGAAAGAGCUGCACAUCAACCUCAUUCCCAACAAGCAAGAGCGCACCCUCACCAUUGUGGACACGGGGAUCGGGAUGACCAAGGCCGACCUGAUAAACAACCUGGGUACUAUCGCCAAGUCCGGGACCAAGGCGUUCAUGGAAGCUUUGCAGGCCGGCGCAGAUAUCUCCAUGAUCGGCCAGUUUGGUGUCGGGUUCUACUCGGCCUAUCUGGUUGCUGAGAAGGUGACCGUGAUCACCAAACAUAACGAUGACGAGCAGUACGCCUGGGAGUCUUCUGCGGGGGGCUCCUUCACAGUUCGGACCGACACAGGGGAGCCCAUGGGACGCGGAACAAAGGUCAUCCUGCACCUGAAAGAGGACCAGACCGAGUACUUGGAAGAGAGGAGAAUAAAGGAGAUCGUGAAGAAACACUCGCAGUUCAUCGGCUACCCCAUUACUCUCUUUGUGGAGAAAGAACGUGAUAAAGAAGUCAGUGACGACGAAGCGGAGGAAAAGGAGGAGAAGGAAGAGGAGAAGGAGAAGGAAGAGAAGGAGUCUGAUGACAAGCCGGAAAUCGAAGACGUCGGCUCUGAUGAAGAGGAGGAGGAAAAGAAGGAUGGCGACAAGAAGAAGAAGAAGAAGAUCAAGGAGAAGUACAUCGAUCGAGAAGAGCUGAACAAAACCAAGCCAAUUUGGACCAGAAACCCUGACGACAUCACUAACGAAGAGUACGGGGAAUUCUACAAGAGCCUGACUAACGACUGGGAGGACCACUUGGCUGUGAAGCAUUUUUCAGUUGAGGGACAGUUGGAGUUCAGAGCCCUGCUCUUUGUGCCGAGGCGUGCUCCCUUUGACCUGUUUGAAAACAGGAAGAAAAAGAACAACAUCAAGUUGUACGUCCGCAGGGUCUUCAUCAUGGACAACUGUGAGGAGCUGAUCCCUGAGUACCUGAACUUCAUUAGAGGUGUGGUGGACUCCGAGGAUCUCCCUCUAAAUAUUUCCCGAGAGAUGUUGCAGCAAAGCAAAAUCUUGAAAGUUAUCAGAAAGAAUUUGGUCAAGAAAUGCCUAGAACUCUUCACCGAACUGGCAGAAGACAAGGAGAACUACAAGAAGUUCUACGAGCAGUUCUCCAAGAACAUCAAGCUUGGGAUACACGAAGACUCUCAGAACCGGAAGAAGCUCUCGGAGCUGUUGAGAUACUACACGUCCGCUUCUGGUGACGAGAUGGUCUCCCUCAAGGACUACUGCACGAGGAUGAAGGAGAACCAGAAGCACAUCUACUACAUUACAGGUGAGACCAAGGACCAGGUGGCUAACUCAGCCUUUGUGGAGCGCCUGCGGAAGCACGGCCUGGAGGUGAUCUACAUGAUUGAGCCCAUCGACGAGUACUGUGUGCAGCAGCUGAAGGAGUUUGAGGGGAAGACACUGGUGUCCGUCACCAAAGAGGGCCUGGAGCUUCCAGAGGAUGAAGAGGAGAAGAAGAAACAGGAAGAGAAGAGGACCAAGUUCGAAAACCUCUGCAAAAUCAUGAAGGACAUCUUGGAGAAAAAAGUAGAAAAGGUGGUGGUGUCAAACCGACUGGUGACGUCCCCAUGCUGCAUCGUCACGAGCACGUAUGGUUGGACGGCAAACAUGGAAAGGAUCAUGAAGGCGCAGGCCCUGAGGGACAACUCGACGAUGGGCUACAUGGCGGCAAAGAAGCACCUGGAGAUCAACCCGGACCACUCCAUCAUCGAGACCCUGCGGCAGAAGGCGGAGGCCGACAAGAACGACAAGUCAGUGAAGGACCUGGUCAUCCUGCUGUACGAGACGGCGCUGCUGUCCUCCGGCUUCAGCCUGGAGGACCCGCAGACGCACGCCAACAGGAUCUACAGGAUGAUCAAGCUGGGCCUUGGCAUCGACGAGGACGACCCCGCGGCGGACGAGAGCAGCGCCGCUGUGACGGAGGAGAUGCCGCCCCUGGAGGGGGACGACGACACCUCGCGCAUGGAGGAGGUGGACUAGGCCCGAGGUGGCCUGGCCUGCCCCGCCCACGUGUUCUGUUCUUUACCUUCAUUCCUUUGGAUGAUAUAUUUUCAAGGACUGUUUUAUUUUUGUUAACAUUUAAAAACCCAUACGGCAUGACAGUAACUACUCACGGGAAGACAAGGCUUCUUUCCACUCGGUGUGAUGCUGUUCCAGUGCGGACCCCAAGCAGAGCUAGUUCUCGUUCCACGUUAGUCUUGGUUUCACAGGACGCGGUUCUGUUCGCUGUGCAGUGUGUGUGGUCUUGACCGUCUCAGCUUCGUGGUCCUUGCUCUUUGGUUGUUGACAUGUUGAGGUAAACAGCUUCUGUCCCCUAGGAUCGACUCUGCACACCUGCUGUCCCCUGUAGUUGCCAGCUGCAUGUACAGCCUCUAGACGUUAGUGAGCCACGUGGGCCGCACCGCGGGAGGGAGGGAGCACCUCUCCACAGGGCCGGUUUGUGCAGACGGUGCUGUGGCGCCGUCAGAAAGAGCUCAGAGUUUUGUGAAUGGAAACGUAGUGCUCAACUCACGUUCUGCUUUAAAAGGUUGUGACAAAUACACACAAGUUAAAAAGAA